AUGUCCAUCACAACCUCGCUUCCGAUUAUCCUCUCCCAACCGCCGUUGCUUGUACUGUACCUAACGCAGCCUGGCUGGGUCCUCCCGUUAGGCAUCCUCGAAGGUUCUCUGCUCUACCUCUACGCCAACUGCUAUCCGUAUACAGUCCCUCUCCUUUCGGCGAUCACUCUUCUGCGCACGCUCCUCCUCCUCUUCCUGGCACACGAUGCGUUUCUCGUCGCGCAAGUGCUGGCGGGAGUGGCGGGAGGUCUGUUCUGGGGAAACUGUAUUGCGGGAGAAGCGGGGGAUACGUGCCUAGGGUGUUUGGCGAUGAGGUUGUGGGAUGGGAGAAAACCGAGGCAUGAGAGAGAGCGAGGGCGACGAGAAGAGGCGCGUGACUGGGAACAGGAACGAGAACGUGCAAGAGAGGGAAUAGAUCGAGAAAGAGAGGCAGAAAGAGACUGGUCAAGAGGGAGCAACGAAAGCUCAGCAAGAGAACUGGAGUUCGACUGGACCUGGGACUGGGGUUGGGCAGAGGAUUGGCUCUUCCCCUGGAACUGGGAGUGGAAUUUGAAUUUGGGAUGGGAGUGGGGGGAGUUGGAUGCCAGUGAGCUGGAUUCCCAGGUUGGGGGGAGCGUGGUGGAGCCGUAUUGGGUGACUGAUGAGCCGCUUUGA